AUGAAAGUUGGCCUCUUCUGUAAUCCCAAGCGAACGGACGACGUUUCAAGGACAACACGGCGAUUAUUCAAUUUAAGAUAUGCGUCCUGUUGUACCAAAUCAGGCCCUCUGACGCACCCUAUCGACCCUUCAGCCAAGUCUUUGAGACACCUAAACUUCACAGGACAAAUUCCGUUCCAGAAGGGACUGAAGCUUCAAGAAAAGUUUGUGAGGGCGCAAUUAGACAUGAAAGAAUUGUCUUCCAAAAUUGACAAGAAACUAAAGCAGCUCGAGAUAGACAAUCCUGGAGCGGUAGUGAAUGAGCAUGAGGAAACUAUCUUGAAGAGUAUUUUAGACAUGAAACCAGGACCCGUGCUCCUGACAUUUGAAUUUGAGCCGACGUAUACUGGAGGAAAACGCAUGAAGAGACAGUUAAGACCUGAGAAAAUUGCAGCAUUUGAGAGGUUCAGACCCGCUGCUCAAACUAACGACAAAGCUCCUCGAUUUGUUCAGGUGGAAAGGGGUGGGCAAGUCACUUUUCAUGGCCCUGGGCAGAUGGUAGCAUAUAUCAUAAUGGAUUUGAAAUGCUUUCACUCGUUUCCUGCAAGAUGUCUGGUGUCUGCCUUAGAAAAAUCGGCAAUAAACUCCUUAGAAAAGUUAACGCAUCAGGAAACUGAGCAGCCUUUGAGGUUAGAGCCUCCCGGCAGCGGUGAGACGGGAGUUUGGGUGGACAAACAAAGCAAAAUUGCCAGUAUCGGUGUCCAUGUACGCAGAUCUGUUUCUUCCCAUGGUAUCUGCAUCAACGUUUCGCCAGAGUUGUCUUACAUGAACAACUUCGUCAUGUGCGGACUACCCGAGACUACGGCUACUUCAAUUCUCGAACAGAAUCCCGCCUCUCAAAUCUCAGUUUCCCACAUGGCAAACGCGUUUGCAAAGGAAUUUGCGAGCAUUAUUGGGGUGGAAUUAGUUGAACAUAUAAACGUGAAGAGCAGCGAAAUUCAAGAAUAG